ACACACGCUUUUCAACAGCUCGCGCACUUUGUUGGCGUCCGCAACCGCAACUGUCAAUCUCUCUCUCCUCUCUUACACAAACUCUCUCUCUCUCUCACUCUCUCUUUGUCACUCUCCUUAAAACCCUAGCGCCCACCAAACCCAUGACAGGAUGAAACACUACAAGGCGCGCGUUUUGCUCUGAUCGCAGCUUGCUCCACCAGCCCAAGAAGAUCUUGAUACUCUGUUCCACGCUCCUCCCCCCAAUUUUACCACUUUAACAGUGUCACUGCGACUGCGACUGCCACUGCCUCUGUUCUCUUCGUUGAGCAAAGGAAAGGAGAGGAAAGGAAUUUCGGUUUUGGUGAGAUCGGAGGAGUGAUGGUGAUGGCUGAGAAUGAGGCUGGGGAUGACCAGAGGGACCUCAAUGUCAAUGGAGGUGGGCCCAAGUCCCCAUGGAAGACUCCGGUCACGGUCGACGCCAAGGCGGCCGAGGAUGCUCCCGUCAUGGGGGCUGAGUCCUGGCCUGCUCUGGCCGACGCCCACAGGCCCAAAAAUACAGAUGCUGCGGCGAAGCCGCCAGCCGCAGAGCCGUCUCCUUUGCCGCCUCAGGGAUUUGUCAUGCAGCAGAAGUCAAAUGGGUCUGGAAAUUCUAAUGCUUCACACAAGCAUUCAUCAUCACAAUAUCACCAAAAAGGCCCUAGGCGCAACCCAAAUGCUGCACCUCCUUUUCCAGUACCCUUACCUUACCAUCAACCACCGCUUCCUCCUGUUUUUCAUACUAUGGUACAGCAUCCACACAUUGCUGCUUCUGGGUAUGCUUACCAGCCAUACCCUGGACCCAUUCCAAGUGUUGAAAAUCAUAUUGCAAAAUCUGGAUGUGAGACCCCAGUGCAAGCUUUUGUGCAACCGGUUCAGCCUCAACCACGAGGGAAUCCAAAUGCUUAUAGUGCCAAUUUUUCUACUAGAAGACCCAAUUUGCCAGAACCUGGUGGCCAUUGGAAUCAUACUUGGAAUCAUCAACGACCAUUUAACCCCAGAGAGAACAUUCCUGUGCAACAGGGUGUUGGACCUAGGCCUUUCUUAAGACCUCAUUUUUUUGGUCCAGCUCCAGGAUUCAUGGUCGGCCCAAGCAUUCCUGGUCCUGCACCCAUAUGCUAUCUUCCAGUUCCACCACCUGGCGCAAUUAGAGGACCUCAUCCUCCUCGCUUUAUGCCACAUCCUUUAAAUCCAGGGGCUCCAUUACUACCCUCAGAAACACAUACAUUCUCAUUGAGGGACAAUAUUAUUAAACAAAUAGAGUAUUAUUUCAGUGAUGAAAAUCUAAAGAAUGACCAUUACCUAAUUUCAUUGAUGGAUGACGAAGGAUGGGUUCCAAUAACCACAAUUGCGGACUUUAAAAGGGUUAAAAAAAUGUGUACAGACAUAACGUUUAUCAUUGAUUCACUGCUGGGUUCAGCUACUGUAGAAGUGCAGGCUAACAAGAUACGGAGACGUGAUGAAUGGUCAAAGUGGACCGCAGCCUCUGCAGACUCUAUGUUAACAUCCAAACCACAAACUUCCCUGGUUCAACAUCAAGAAAGGUCUAUCAAUGCUCCUGAGAAUAGUGAUUCCAGCGAUGAUAGAAGGAACACUUCCGAAGAAAAAGCUGAACUUUCAUCAGAUGAAAAAACUUUGAUGUUGUGCAUGCCAUCAAACACCAAACAUAGCACUGAUGGUGUUCAGGUUGAUGGAGGAUCACAAGAUUAUAAUGGUGGUUUAAGUGGAAAGUUGACUUCUAAAUCAAAUUGCAAUUCCUCAAUUGUCAAAAUGAAUCAUUACUCAGACUGCCUAGACCACUCAGAGGGAAUUGAAAGUGUAAGACUCGAUGAUGAUGGGGUGGAAGGCAUGCCGUCAGAUAUGGAUAUGAAGAAUGUUGGUGACCUGUCUAGUGAUUUUGCAAACACAUUUAUGCUGGAUGAAGAGCUAGAGCUUGAGCAGAAAAUAAUAAAGAAGGAUGAUCUUUCUCCUGUUAGAAGAAGUGGUGUCCAAAGGAUUGAUGAUGAAGAUGAUGAGAUUGUAGUCAAUGAUCAGGAUGUCCAGAGACUUGUAAUUGUCACUCAGAAUAGUAGAGUCGGUGAAGGAUCUAAAACUGGAGAUGAAGAAUCAAAAACCAUUUCCAAUGAGCUCGCAUCUGCUAUAAAUGAUGGACUUUACUUCUAUGAGCAGGAACUGAAAACCAAGAGAUCAAAUCGUAAAAGGAACAGCUCCAGCUAUGAAAAUAGAGAUGCAAACUCAAGAUUAUCAAACGUUGGCAAAGGCUUUUCAAAAUUAAAGCCUGGGGAAAUAUCUAACUGUAGUAUUGGCAUUGAAGAGUCUGGAAGUGCUAAUUCCCGGAAGAAGCAAAGUAAAAACUUCCAAAAUCAGCAGUCAUCCCAUAGACAGAGAUUCUUCUCAAGCAACUUUAGAAAUUAUGGAACUGCUCGGAACUCUCUAGGAAUCAUAUCAGAAAGUCCACCAAGUAACUCUGUUGGCUUUUUCUUUAGUUCCACGCCUCCUGAAAGUCAUGGACCAAGGUCUUCAAAAUUGAGUGUUUCUCCCCAUGGGUUUCUCUCGAGCAGUAGUCCACCGAUGGGUUCUGUGCCAAAGUCAUUUCCACCAUUUCAGCAUCCAAGUCAUCAGCUUCUAGAAGAAAAUGGUUUUAAACAACAGAAGUACCUAAAGUAUCAUAAGCGUUGCCUAAAUGACAGGAAGAAGUUGGGAAUUGGAUGCAGUGAGGAAAUGAAUACUCUCUAUAGAUUUUGGUCUUAUUUCCUAAGAAGCAUGUUCAACUCUUCGAUGUAUGAUGAGUUCCGGAAAUACGCACAUGAAGAUGCUGCUGCUGGUUAUAAUUAUGGAGUCGAGUGCCUUUUCAGGUUCUAUAGUUAUGGUUUGGAGAAGGAUUUUAGAGAGGAUCUGUAUAAGGACUUUGAACAGCUCACAGUUGAGUUUUACCAUAAAGGCAAUCUCUAUGGCCUUGAAAAGUAUUGAGCCAAUUCCAAUAGACUUAUUGGUGGGUCCCAUUGGCGUGCAUCCAGUAGGAAUUGAACCUACGAAUUCGCCAAUUAUGAGUUGGGUGCUUUAACCAUUCAGCUAUGGAUGCUUAGCGGGGAUCCUCGUAGAUGGUGAAUAACCAAAUUCCAAUUGAAAUGAAAUCUUGGCUGUAGUCAGCUCGUGCUGUAAGGUGUUGGGUUAAGUCCCGCAACAAGCGCAACCCUCGUGUUUAGUUGCCACCUUUGAGUUUGGAACCCUGAGCAGACUGCCCGUGAUAAGCCGGAGGAAGGUGAGGAUGACGUCAAGUCAUUGUGCCCCAUAUGCCCUAAGCGACACACAUGCUACAAUGGCCAAGACAAAGGGUUGUGAUCCUGCGAGGGUGAGCUAACUCCACAAACCCGUCCUCAGUUCGAAUUGUAGGCUGCAACUCGCCUACAUGAAAUCGGAAUCGCUAGUAAUCGCCAGUCAGCCAUAUGGCGGUGAAUUUGUUCCCAAGCCUUGAACGCGCCACCCGUCACGCUAUGGGAGCUGGCCAUGCCCGAAGUCGUUUGACUUUUUGUUGUUGGUUCCCUUUUCAUUUUAUGAGAUAUAAUCUUGUUUUUUCUUGCUCUUCUUAUAAAUCCUGGUCUUGUUUCAAUUGUAGUUCUUCGGUUGUGUUCGUUCUUUUAUUCAAAUGCAUCCCAUUUCAGGUUAGCUCUCUGCUUGGGAUGCAACUCCCGACUGCAUAUCUUAUCAAUUAAAUUUCGUCAAAGCCCCUUUUUGGUUCUUAGCCCAGUCCCAUUUUAGCUCUCUAUUCCUGAUAAGGUGUUUGGUUCUGUUAGAAUAUCCAUGUCCACAAAGAACACUGGGGUAAGUUUGAUCCAUGUAUCCUUAAGUGUACAUCUUUGGGAUAUUCUGCCACUUAGAAUGGAAAGUUUUAUCACUGUCCUUUGCUGAAAAUGUUUGUUUUUGGUGAUAUCUCAUUUAGGGAAGAAACAUUUUAGGAGAACCAGAAACUUCUCUUCAGGGGGAGCGUGGUGUGAUUAAGGGAGGUUCUGGUAUAAGUUACCAAAGUUUCAGAGAUGUAGUUGGUAACCAUGCUUUCGUGGAAGUAGUGAAUUGGACACUUAAGGCACCUGUUGACUAAUAAUCAACUGACCAAUCAAUUGCCAUUCAUGUGAAUCCUGAAGUUGUUUGCAGAAUCCAACCCAUGUGUUGACCUUUUGGUAUUGAUUUAACUGAUACGGACGUGCAUGUUAAUGAUACUCGAUUCCCAGCAAGGGGACUAAUGCUGCUGGUUACCAUUUCCUGUGAACACAAGUCUCCUCAUUAUUGUUUUAGUUUUGUGGUAAUUUUGUACCAUAACCUAUAUCUAAGCAUGUGUCUUAUUGUUUGUCACCAUCUGUAUUUGUCUUAUCAAUAUUUAUCGCCAUCUUAUAAAGAUUUUGUGACCUGGUCCUCUAUGUCUCACCU